CUCCUGACCCAGGAGGAAGCCUCCACGCCUUUCCCUGCAGCUCCUCGGCUGGGCACCACAGGCCAGCAGGAGGCCGGGCACAGAGCCUCCACCACAGACGGUGAGAAGAAAAAGCUCCGGAAAGAACCGAGGUCAGGAGCAGGGGCAGCCCCCACGGGCACCGCCUCAGCAAUCGCCUCAGCCAUCGUCCCCCACCCCCGCAGCCUCCCCCUCCCUCAUGGGGGGGGCAGUGGGCGUGGCUUCGCCGCCACCGCCUUCGCGCCCUUGCGCGCGGCGCGCGCGCGCAACGUCCCCUCCCCCCCUCCCUCCACCCGCGCGCCCCAGCGGCCGCCGAGCCUCCGCGUCACGUGCUCCCCCUUGCCCUCCGCGGCAGCCAAUGGGCGGGCGCGCCGCGGGCCGCGCAGCCUAUAUAAAGCGGCGCAAGGCGCGGCGGCCCCGGCAGUGAGGCGGCGGCGGCGGCGGGGUGUGUGUGGGUGUGCGCGGGGCGGUGCCUGCGGCGGCUUCCCGGCUGCAGCCGUCCGGGAAGGAGCCAGCAAUCCCAGUCCGAAGCUCCAGGCUGCCAUUGCUGUCUGAUGCCAUGCCAGCGCCAACUCAUCUGUUCCCAUUGAUUCGUAACUGUGAGAUUAGCAGAAUAUGCAGUACUGUUUGUUACUGCCACCAUAAACAUCUGUGUUGCUUUUCCUCUCAUUUCGCUCACGGUCACUUCAGAUAUGCGCCUCAGAAGAGAUUUGCAGCACUUUAUAGGCCAAAGGAGAACUUUAAUCAUUUUAUUCAUGCGAGGGAUUAUGCUUCUACACCACAGAGAUUUUACCUCACUCCUCCACAGGUCAACAGCAUCCUGAAGGCAAACGAAUACAGUUUUAAAGUCCCAGAGUUUGAUGGCAAGAACGUGAGUUCUGUCCUUGGCUUUGAUAGCAACCAGUUGCCUGCUAAUGCUCCAAUCGAAGACCGGAGAAGUGCUGCCACUUGCUUACAGACACGAGGGAUGCUUCUGGGUGUGUUUGAUGGCCACGCAGGCUGUGCUUGUGCUCAAGCUGUCAGUGAGAGACUGUUCUACUACAUUGCUGUCUCUUUGUUACCUCAUGAGACUUUACUUGAAAUAGAAAACGCUGUGGAAAGCGGUAGAGCUCUGUUGCCUAUUUUGCAGUGGCACAAGCAUCCCAACGAUUACUUCAGCAAAGAAGCUUCCAAGCUUUACUUCAAUAGUCUGAGGACUUACUGGCAGGAGCUGAUUGAUCUCAAUAGCGGAGAGACUACUGAUGUGAAAGAAGCUUUAAUUAAUGCUUUUAAGAGGCUCGAUAACGAUAUUUCUCUGGAAGCUCAAGUAGGAGAUCCAAAUUCUUUUCUCAACUACCUAGUCCUGCGAGUAGCGUUUUCUGGUGCAACUGCCUGUGUGGCCCACGUGGAUGGUGUUGACUUGCAUGUGGCAAACACAGGUGACAGCAGGGCAAUGCUCGGGGUUCAGGAAGAAGAUGGCUCUUGGUCUGCAGUUAAUCUCUCCUACGACCACAACGCACAAAACGAACGCGAAGUGGAACGGGUGAAAACAGAGCAUCCGAAGUCUGAAGAGAAGAGUCUGGUGAAACAAGACCGUCUCCUGGGCUUGCUGAUGCCUUUCAGAGCUUUUGGCGAUGUGAAGUUUAAGUGGAGUAUUGAACUACAGAAGAGAGUGGUUGAGUCGGGCCCGGAUCAGCUGAAUGACAAUGAAUACACCAAGUUUAUUCCUCCAAAUUAUCACACUCCCCCUUACCUCACAGCUGAGCCAGAAGUCAUCCAUCACAAAUUAAGGCCGCAGGAUAAGUUCCUGGUUUUGGCUACAGAUGGGCUGUGGGAGACUAUGCACAGGCAAGAUGUGGCUAGAAUCGUAGGGGAGUACCUCACUGGGGUUCACCAUCAGCAGCCGAUAGCUGUCGGUGGUUAUAAGGUAACUCUGGGACAGAUGCAUGGUCUCUUAACAGAAAGAAGAGCGAGGAUCUCUUCAGUAUUUGAAGAUCAGAACGCAGCGACUCACCUGAUCCGUCACGCAGUGGGCAAUAACGAGUUUGGCACUGUGGAUCACGAGCGGCUGUCCAAGAUGCUUAGUCUUCCAGAAGAGCUGGCUCGAAUGUAUAGGGAUGACAUUACGAUUAUCGUGGUGCAGUUCAACUCGCAUGUUAUAGGUGCAUGUCAAAAUGAGGAACUGUGAAUUUUCAUCUAGUGAACUGGUUACCAAAGCUGUAACAAUGGCCAGUACGAGCAGCAGAUGGAAAAACAGACAAACUCAAUAAGUGAGCAAACUCGUUGCUUGCUAGAUUCAACAUAAUCUAUUGUUCCUGCCUUCCCAUGGAGCUCUAGAUAGAGGGGGAGUGCUAUUGACCUAACAUAACUUAACAGGAAGUCACAGUUUGGGAAAAGAGGUUUUUGUAAUAACUUUGCACUAUUGAUUUCACGAAUGCUGCUAGAACAAUGUCUUGAAUUUGGCAGAGUUGCAUGAGGGAGGGAAGGGAGGAUUAAGAAUUAACUACCAAACAUCUGGCUGUUCAAGAAGCAAAGCCUGUUAACAUCUGUAAAUAUCACUGUCUUAAAAGAUGAGUAACAAGGAACGUUGUUGAAUUCUUACAGGGCUAAUUCUUGCUUAGUAGGUGUGGUUAUUUGUGAAUAUAUUGACAACCUUUUCCUCUAAGUAGGAGGAUGACUUUAACCGAGUAGGUCUUCAAUGUAACAAAGUUAUCUCACUCUCAUAUAGACAAUGUCAUUUGCUUAAGGAUAUUUUGUCUGUGUUGACUUUCAAUGCAGGUCUAAGCCAUAAUCAAUACUUGAGAUUCUGUUCUAGUUUAAUCAUAUCUUUAUACGCAGUGACUUCUAAAUGUCUGUGCAUCAAUAGCUUCUUGGCUUGUGGGUUUCUGCACAACUUGUAGGGCAAUAAUACAUUACAACAUGCAGUUAAGAUAUCAAGUAACUUUGUGGAGGACCUCAGGAUGAAGAAACUUUCAGACUCCUCAAAAAGAGUCUGUUGCUAGUCAAGACUGUGUUGGCUUUCCUAAAGGUCAUGUCCUUCAUGUACUCCACCCUGUCUGGUGUUACUUAUCUAGUAAGAUAAACCUUCACCUGAAAAGAUCAGGCAAUCAUUACUAACCUCAUUGUGGCUUUGUAAUUUGCACUCAUUUUUACUUUGGCUGUUUCAAGUGGUCACAUAAUCGAUGUCUUGCACUUGAACACAUAUUUGUAAGAAUGUCAGAUUUAAAAACUACAAAUUACAAAAAGUGAAGUGUGGCUUGUACAUAGGGUUUUAGUUGGGAAACUAACUGGCAUGCAUGUGUAUGUUUAGUGGCUUUUUUCUCACAGCUUUAUUAGCAGCUCUGGUUCUCUGGACAGCUGGUGUAUGCAUGUUCUUACAGUCCAGAAUGUUACCACAUGGCAGUCUCUUAAACGGGUCUGUUUGGCUUGUAGUGGUUGAAUUUGAACCUAAAAAGUAUUGUCCUGGACUAAACUCGUGUGCCUCAAGUUGUUGGGCUCGUAACUGUACAAAGUAGGGACUGACAACUAACUUAAAGGUCGUCAUUGUGUCUGUUUUAGCUAUGUUACAUGGUACAGAUUCCUCUUAAGCUGCCCUUAAUUUAAAAAUUGAGAUGCUGGCUAAAACACCACUCCUUGGUGAUGGAGAGAACACUUGUAACUUGAUUCAUGUGUUCUGGAGAAACUCUAGAUCAGUCAUAGGUCAGCAUAUUUGAUUUCACAAGGUGUUCCAGUUAAAAUAACUUCCUUAAGCCUUCAUUGCCAAUUGAAAAAGAAAACACAAACACUUAAAAAAAAAAAAAAAAAAAAAGCCCAGCUUAGUUUGGUUAGUUGAGUAAUGUGGCACUUUCCACUGAAUGCAAACAUUUCCAGCUAAGCCUACAGUUACAUAGGGUACACUUAGCUUGAACAACGAACCUGUGCUAUAGUAAACACUGACUCCUCAAACUCGUGAGUGCUGUGUGUACUUAGUGGCCUGCAGCUUUAAUAUGCCUUUCUUUACCCAGCCUGAAAAUACCAGGAUCAACUUUGCUGUAAGGUUAAUGAUAUCUUCAGUCUGCAUCCAAGAUGUGAACAGCCCUUCUUUAUUUGAAGGGAAAAGGGGAACUCUAAAAUGCCUAGACAAGUACUGGCUGUUGACAUUGCUUCUAUAUGUUGUGUUUUGGUGCCUGUCUUUAGCUAGGUCAGUAGACUUCAUGUUCUUCUAUCAUUCAAAUGCAGUAUGUAUCUAAGCUGUUACAGUAUUUAACUUUCUUACUUUUUUUUACUGUUAAAGCUCUAUUACUUGUGUUGAUGUAUUUAACCUAUGAUUCUUGAUAUGGAUUUGGUACAAGUCAUGGCUAGAAGAAAUGAAUAUUGGUCCCAUGUACACAACUUUUGAGGAAAAGCUGCUUUUUGUAGUAAAGAUGCAUAUGUAUGGGGUCAGACAAAAUAGUAUUUAUGUAUUGCUUGGAGACUUGCUCAGUAUGUAUGCAGUGAACAGAAACAGCGUAGCUGCCUGCUGAACAGGUGAUCUGAACAAAUGUCUUUUAAUAGAUUACAAUAAAAUGAUCAAUUAUGCAG